AUGUCGUCCCAGUCCCGUGAGCGCACUCCUCCGCGGGCAGCUUCCAAGCUUGCGGCUGCGUGGCAGGCUGAGACCGAGGGUGUGAAGCUGCCGCGUCCCAAGAGGGCGCAGAACGUCGACAGUCAAGUUCGGAAGGCCAUCACUGACAACCUUCGAUCCAUGACUCCUACAGAGUUGGAUGGAAUCUUAGUGGAGGGUCUGACCUGUCGCCAGCGCCUCAAGCGCGACAAAGCCCAGGCCAGCGCUGCGGCAGGCAGCAUCCAGUUUGGCAAGCACUACUACACUAGGCUUCGCGCCAUGUACGCAGACAAGCAGAGUGUGCAGCAGAAGCUUCAACCGGAUCCGGCUUUGGAGGUGCAGCCGGCCUUGGUGCGGGCAGCGACUGCUGCGAUGGGCCACCCACCAUGCCGAUCGCACAUGGUGCAGUUUCUGGAGCGAGCUUUGAGCUUGAAUCAGGCGGAGAUCUGCGGAAUCUAUAGGUGGACUUUGACUUUGCAUCCGGCCGGCUCUGCUGAUCAGCUGGAGGCGUGCAAGUGCGUUGUGGCUUGCGCUGCACGCCUCAAACUCCAGGCGUCAGCGGGCAAAGAGACUGCCUUGAUGCUGGACAAGUUUGACGAGAUUCUCUUGCAAGCGUUCCUGUCCUAUGCCAAAGCUGGCUUGGGACCUGUUGAUUGGCUCUCCAACCAUGAUGAGAUGUGGCCGCUUGUGCUGCCCAAGGCCGCGACUCAGAAGGUUCUUGAUCUGGGCCCUGACGGAUCAUGGUUGGAUGUCGCUGAAGAGCUCGCAGAGAUCACGACAAGUUCUGCGCUUGGGAAGCAGCUCUUCGGCUUCGCAGCUAGGCAAGUGGUUGGCCUUCGCUUGGACAAGCUUGUGGCAGAGCAGGUGGACAAGGCAUUGACCAGAAACCCCAUCACGGCGGAGGUUGUCGCUGAAGUUCGCAACACAGCGAUGAUCCAGGUGGAGAGUUUGGCAGAGGCCGACGUCUUGAGCGGGCGGAGGACUGUCAACAUCUCCUACCGAGGCUGCGCCAUCACUGCUAAGACGACCUGCGCCGCGGAGCACUUCGACUUUGCACUUCAGGCGGCCUUGCGGGGGGCUGCCGCAGUGGCAGGCAACAUCCCAAGCUUGCCGGCUGAGGACCAGCUGUGCACUGGGAUCACGCGUGUGGCGAAGGGCACAAAGGUCGAGGCAAAGCUGUUCAAACAUGCCAAAGAAUCGCGGAGCAUGGCGCUGGCUUUGAUCAAGGCCGAGGAUUGCAAGAAUGGUGAGUCCGUCCAGGCCCGGCUCCCCUUCCGCGAGAUGCGUCUAGGUCAAUCGGAGGUGUUGGAAGCAUCGCGGGCGCGCUUGCUGUCCCUUGACAAGCAUGUUUGGAUCGAUCUUGCUUUUCUCGCCAAUCUGGCCGGGGAAGGCGGGCGGAAGAGGCUGCAGGACAUCUACAUGGAUACGUGUGUGCCUUCGCAGACAAAACUCAUGUCUCUCCAGCGGGCAAUCCAGUGCAGCACGAAGCUCAUGGAGUCCGACCUCUACCGCUACGUUUCGCAGGGUUCGCAGGGCAUCAUUGUUGCUGCCCAUUCGAUGCUCGAUCGGAUCGUGCAGGGCAUGCCAGUGUCCAUCGACCAGAAUGCGUCAGACUUCCUCAAGCAGGUCUCCAACUCUUACAGCUGCUUCAUCGUCCACGUCGCAGGCCACGAGACCAAGUACGACGACGAGGGGCUUCUCGUGGUCCCGGACAACGCUGAAGUGACUGUGGGCAAGGCCGCGCUGUUGCUCAAGUGGAAGGCUGUGGAGUCCGAGGCCGUUGAAAACCUCGACUUGAAGCAGAUGGAGGCGUUUGUCACAUGGGGCCAUUUUCUCGCCGACGACCAGCGUCAGCAAGCUCACUCCAAGAUUGAACAGAUCUUGAAGGCGGCUAAAGGUAAGCGCCAGGGUGUCACCAAGAAGUCUGCAGCACCGAAACAGGGAGCUGCCAAAAAGGCUCCUCAUUCUGCACAAGCAGAUGCCAAGGAAGCCGCGAUGUCACUUUUCGCUUGA